AACAUUCGAGAGCAUAAUAGAAUUAAACCUUAGAGACAUCAAACAUGGAGAAACCAACUUCGGAUCACGUGAUUGUGCUCAUGGAAGAUCAUCAAAACCACAAGAAUCACUCAAUCACUGACCUAUCAACCGAAGCCAAGCCACCAGUGCAGCCACUGCCGACGGCCCAAAACCUACGUCGUCUGAGCUUCUCAAAGCCCAAAGCCCGAUUCGUCGAGUUCUCUCACCCCGUCAACCAGAAAUUCGUGUCUGAACCCGAAUUCGAACCCUUGAAGGCUUCUGACAGUGACGAGGAAAGCGAGGACGAUGAGGAGGAGUACGACGAAGAAGGACAGGGAAUGCAAAAACCUAAGAAGAAGAAGAAGUUCAAAAUGAAGUGGAGGAUUGUUGUGGAGUGGACACUCUUUGUAUUGAUAUCCACCAGCUUGAUCUGUUCCCUCACAAUCUCCACCCUCAAGAACCAGCUCAAAUAUGGGCUUGAACUGUGGAGAUGGUUCUUGAUGAUCCUAGUCAUCUUCAGCGGCCGACUUGUGUCGGAAUGGAUCAUCAAAAUCGUGGUCUUCUUCAUCGAAAGAAACUUCAUGCUACGUGAGAAGGUUUUGUACUUCGUUUAUGGACUCCGAAAGAGCAUACAAAACUGUGUAUGGUUAGGCCUCGUUCUCUUGUCAUGGAUGUUCAUAUUCAACGCUAAGUUGCACAAGAAAAACAAGUUGCUCGAGAAGGUGUUUCAGGCCCUGGUGGCGGUCCUCAUAGGCGCCACCAUUUGGCUCGUCAAGAUCAUCUUGGUCAAGAUCCUGGCAUCGUCAUUCCACGUGACGACCUACUUUGACCGCAUGAAGGAGAGCGUGUUCCACCACUACGUGUUGGACACGCUCUCCGGCCCGCCCAUGGACGAGUUUGCAUACCAGGAGGCCCAUUGUCGGAACCUAGGAGUGUCCAAGUCGCUCCCGACCAAGUUGAGGGACUCCAGGGUUCUGUCCAAGUCCAAAAGACUAGGAACGAGGAAAAUAGACAUUGAAAAGUUGAGAAAGUUGAGUAUGCAGAGCACGGCCUCCGCAUGGACCGUUAAGAGGUUGGUGAACUACGUGAGGUCUUUCGGACUAACGACUAUCUCAAAGACAGUGGACGAGUUUGGGCGGACCGAAUCCGAAAUUACUAGUGAAUGGGAGGCUAGGAAUUGUGCCAAGAGGAUCUUCAAGAAUGUUGCUAAGCCAGGUGCCAAGUACAUUGAGGAGGAAGAUCUGAUGAGAUUCUUGCAGAGAGUUGAGAUCCACACCAUUUUCCCACUCUUUGAAGGCGCUCUCGAGACUGGCAAGAUCACUAAAUCUGCCUUCAGAAAUUGGGUGGUUCGUGCUUACUAUGAACGAAAAUCUCUAGCACAUUCCUUAAACGACACAAAGACAGCAGUCCAACAGCUCCACAAGCUAGCCAGCGCCAUUGUCGCUGUGAUUAUCAUAGUAGAAACCCUAAUGGUCAUGGGCGUCGCUUCCACCAAGAUUAUAGCUUUCAUCCUCACUCAGUUGCUGCUCCUCGGAUUCACCUUCCAAAACAUGUGCAAGACCGUCUUCGAGUCCAUCGUCUUCGUUUUCGUUAUGCAUCCGUUUGAUAUUGGAGAUCGCUGUGUGAUUGAUGGAGUUCAGCUGAUCGUAGAAGAGAUGAACAUAUUGACCACGGUUUUCCUUCGUUACGACAACGAGAAAAUCUACUACCCUAAUUCGGUGUUGAUCACCAAGCCCAUCAGCAACUUCUACAGAAGCCCGGAAAUGUGCGAUACCAUCAAUUUCACCAUCGACUCCUCCACGCCAAUGGAGACAAUAAUCGCUUUCAAGAAGGCCAUACAAACGUACAUUGAGAGCAAGCCCAAGUACUGGAACCCCAAGCACUCAGUGAUAGUGAAGGAAAUAGAGAAUGUGCACGAGAUGAAGAUGGCUCUCAGCGUUCAGCACACCAUAAACCAUCAGAACUACGGGGACAGGAAUGUCCGAGUCACGGAACUGAUACUGGAGUUGAAGAAGAUGUUUGAGAAUCUUAACAUCAAAUAUCAUCUUCUGCCUCAGGAGAUUCAUCUCACACAAGUGAAUUGGAACCCGCCGAGGCCAUUCAUGCUGCCCUCCUGAAGUAUAAGUAGGUCUUGCAAGUCAUAAUCGAUCAUCUGUCUAAUUUAUUACAAGGGUCUGAAUUAUUGGUGUUUAUCUUUUUAUGGGAGGACUUCAAUAGUAAUAAAAACGUAGAUGGUGUUUGUAGUCUGAAAAUUCUAAUUAUUCAAAUUGAGUUUGGCUAGACGUGACCCAAUUGUAUAACAAAUGUAAUGUACUUGUUGUAUGAUUGCUUACGAUUUAGGAAAAGUAACAAAUCAUAUAGCAAGCGUAUCAUACUUGCUGUGUGAUUAGUUUAGUUCAAUCAAAACUAAUUUGGGUAAGAAUUUUCCAUUUGUAGUCUCACUCUUAUGUUGUCUAGGAAUUUCAUGUGACCAGCUGCUGCAGUUCUUCAACAGUGGUACUCCAAUGCAUGGCCAACCGGUUUCUUGGGUUGGGUUGUCGGCCUAAUCACCCCCAAGAUUUGGAGUUUAUUUAGACUAGUAGGCACAUAGCAAUGAGGUAUUUUAAUCUAAAUCAAGU